UAGAACCGAACAAGUCGUAUUUUAACUCUACGUGGCAUCCAGUUCUUUAUGGCAUAAACCAUAAGAGCCAUAGAACUGGAUGUCACCCAACUGAUCAGAAUACUACAUCUAACACUACAUGGCGACCGUGAAGGUUCAAAAGAACCUGGAGAUAAUAAACCAACAACAACUGCAAGUAGCAAGCAAAUAAUCAACAUCCUAAUGCAGCCAACAACACCACUCGGUAAUACCAGCAACAGCAGUAGCAGCAGCAAGCACAAUAGUAGUCCUGCCUAAUAGAAAACCGGCCCUGCGCAAGAUGUGCGAAAAUAUGAUGUUCCAGCAACCGUCAAGUUGAAGCACAUAUCCCGUCCCAAGAUGAAGUUAUGCAUCCUCAGCGAUCAGCAGCAUUGCGGUGAGGCCAAGGCCAAUAACGUCGAGUCCAUGAACGCCGAGCCUCUAAAGAAGGUGAACAAGAACAAGAAGAAGCUGGUGAAGAAACUGGCCAAUUCCUAUGACGCUUUCCUGGCCUCCGAGUCGCUCAUCAAGCAGAUUCCCCGUCUGCUCGGCCCCGAGGAAGUCAAGUCCACUAUCAAGUUCCAGAUGAAGAAGGUCCUGUGCCUGUAUGCCGCCGUCGGCCAUGAUGGCCUGAAAUCCAAGAUACCACGAAGAGUGCCCGAACGACUGCCCCGAACUGCCCGGGACCAAAGGACCAAAGGACAACAGCCGCAGACUCCUGGAGUGACCUGUGCAGCCAGCACCGGCCCGACAGCGCUACCAAGAGCAAAAAAAAGUUUCCCCCAUACACUGCGUUGCAUAUUUUUUUGUAUUGCACUGCGAUGCAUAUUUUUUUUUAUAGUAUGGGCAAGGCCAAUAUAGAGGAAACUCAAGAGGCCGUGGCAACUGGAAUAGAGGCCACAAUAACAUUAACACAAAUAAUAAUGUGAGAAUUGCCCAGAAUAAUUCGGAAAACUCUCACCCUUCAGAUGUUCAGCAAUAGACAGUUAUGCGGUA